AUGCCACUAUUCAACCCCUUGGCGUGGGUGCGGGAGUGGCUGCGACAGAGCAGAGGCUCCUCCAGAUUGGUGCUGGUGGUCGUGUGUGUUGCCCUGCUACUGGAUAACAUGCUGCUUACUGUUGUCGUGCCCAUCAUCCCAACCUUUUUAUAUGCCCUUGACCACCCGACACAAGACCCCUUCAUCCAGCCAAGCACACAGAGGCCAUCUGAGGAGGGCUUCACAUUGGCAUCGGUCCACUCCUUCUACGACAACACUUCCUACAGCCUCAGAGGCUCUGAGAGCAACCUGUCUGAGGCCCUCCUCUUCAACAUCUCCAGGAACUCCAGCCAGGUGAAAGGCAGCACAUGCCAGGAGGACAGUGCCUUCUUGGACAAGGAGAAUGUUCGUGUGGGACUCCUCUUUGCUUCCAAGGCUCUGGUGCAGCUUCUGAUCAACCCCUUUGUGGGUCCCCUGACCAACAGGGUUGGAUAUCACAUACCAAUGUUUGCUGGCUUCAUCAUCAUGUUUGUUUCAACAAUAAUGUUUGCCUUUUCAGGUACAUACGCCUUGUUGUUUUUUGCUCGCUCUCUUCAGGGAAUUGGUUCCUCUUUCUCCUCUGUGGCAGGGCUGGGAAUGUUGGCCAGUGUGUACACAAAUGAUGAGGAGAGAGGCGUAGCCAUGGGGAUCGCUCUGGGUGGACUGGCCAUGGGUGUCCUCAUUGGAGCGCCAUUUGGCAGUGUGAUGUAUGAAUUUGUGGGGAAGACUGCUCCUUUCUUAAUCUUGGCUUUUCUUGCAGUAUUUGAUGGAGCGUUACAGCUUUGUAUACUUCAGCCAUCAAAGAUUUCACCAGGAAGUGUGGAGGGCACUCCUUUGCUGACCCUACUGAAGGACCCCUACAUUCUCAUAAGCGCAGGCUCUCUGUGCUUCGCCAACAUGGGAGUUGCCAUUCUGGAGCCCACACUUCCCAUCUGGAUGAUGCAGACCAUGUGCUCUCCCAAAUGGCAGCUUGGUAUGGCUUUCCUACCAGCAAGCAUUUCUUACCUUAUUGGCACCAAUUUAUUUGGUUUGUUGGCUAACAAAAUGGGAAGGUGGCUGUGCUCCAUGAUUGGAAUGUUUAUUGUUGGCAUCAGUCUCCUUUGCGUUCCUUUUGCAAAGAACAUCUAUGGUCUUAUUGGUCCAAAUGCAGGCCUGGGGUUUGCUAUUGGAAUGGUGGACUCCUCUAUGAUGGCCAUAAUGGGAUACCUGGUGGAUAUUCGCCAUGCCUCGGUCUACGGCAGUGUUUAUGCCAUAGCUGAUGUCGCAUUGUGUAUGGGUUUUGCUAUUGGUCCUUCGAUAGGGGGCUCCUUGGUCAGGGCCAUUGGAUUUCCUUACCUCAUGGUAUUCAUUGGCAUCAUCAACAUCUUCUACGCUCCACUGUGCUUCUUCCUGCGUAAUCCUGCCAUCAGGGAGGAGAAGAUGGCCAUCAUAGACCAGGAAUGCCCUCUGCACAGGAAGAGCUACAACACACAGAAGGAGUGUCGAGAGUUCCCUUUGAGUGACGAGAGCGAGGAGGAAACGGAGGAGUAA